GUGAAAAUUACUAGAUCUGGAUCAAGAUCUAGUAAACUACUGGCAUAUCUGUGCUUAGAAACGAAAGUAGAAGUUCAAGGAAGAAUUCAAGAAGGCAAGAAGAGAAGAUGGCAGACAGUGAUAGUGUUGGAAACGUAUCUCGCUCAACCCAGCAACUAUUUGUGGCGAGUGGCUUGUUCCCUUCUGCCACAUCUGUAGGAAAUAAAGUGACAGAUUCUGAUGAUGAUCUUCAAGAAAAUGGUGGUCAGGGUUUGGAAAGUCUACAACUUGAUCUGGCCCCUUCAACACUGCAAGCAAUUUUAGCUGCGCAGAAACAGCCAGUUUCAAGUGUUAAAAAAGAGAGUCCAAUUCAAGUGAUAGAAGAAAGUGAUGAAAGUGAUGAGUCUCUGGACCUUGUGUCUACUGAGGUGUCAAGGAAGAGAAGGAAGUCCUCCUCAGCAGAUGAAAAAAAUUCACCCCUUGAAAAGAGAAAGAAGGAAAAAGGAAAGGAGCGUUACAAAGAAAAGAAGGCCAAGAAAAGCAAAAAGCAUAAGCACAAACAUAAGCAUCGGAAACACAGAUCCCGAAGUCCAUCUCCUCAGAGCGCCUUUUCUGACUUGCCAUUAAUUCCAAAGGAAGCAGUUUUUAUGAACGAUGUUCCAGAUUUAAAACCUGGACAGGCAUUUGUCUUAGAUAAAAAGGCCAACAAAAACUUAUGGCAUUAUCAGUCAGUGUCCAAAUUGCACAUUCCCAAAUAUAGGACUUAUAGUUUUAAUUGUCUUGGAAAACCAGAUAUUUCUGCCAAAGAUCCAAAGUCUGGUAAAGAUGGAGAUUCUAAACGAAAAAGUUCAAGGUACUUCGGGAAACUUGCUCUGAGACAGUCUCGUAAGAGAGGAAGCCACAUUUCUUCUCAAAUGAACAAAAAUGAAACUGCUACUGUGAGAGAGUACAUAUCUUUGCCAAAAGAGUCUGCCGAAGAGUCCAGCACAUCCACGGCAUUAGGGAGCUACAGCUGCUUGGACGAAGCUACUGCAUUGUAUGCACAAGGAAAAGGAACUGAUUAUAGCAAGCCACAAGAGUUAGAAAGUGAGGAUUUAGUCAUGGAUGAAAUUUUUCAUAAAGUGGCACAGUUCAACCAGAAGGUUAGAGAAGAUCCACAGAACAUCCAGUUGUGGUUAGACUUUGUCAGGUUUCAGGACACAGUUGUGCAAGAAGACAAAAGUUUUCGCACUGAGGAUGUCCGCCUGAAAGAGGUGUACCAGCCUACGAGAGCAGUGAUUGAGAAGAAGCUGUCAAUUCUUGAGAAAGCUCUUGAGGCAAACCCUUCUUCACUUGAGCUCCGACUGGCACAACUGGAACAGUUUCAGGACAUCUGGGAUGCAGAAAAGUUGGAGAAAGCAUGGGAAGAUUUGCUGUUUAUUCACCCCGCCAAUGUGGACCUUUGGCGUCAGUAUUUGUGCCGGCAGCAGUCUCGACUGUCCAGGUUCUCCUUCGGCCACAUGGUCAAGUGUUACCACAAAUGUUUCAAGAAACUCGUGCUGAUUCUCGAUGGCCAAGUGACUGCUAGAAACAAGCCAGCAGAUCUAGAAGAGAAAAUAAUUGAUCUGUUCUCACAAUACUGCAGUUUCCUCCACCAAGCUGGCUACACUGAGCGGGCAGUGUGUAGUUUCCAGGCCCUGAUUGAGUUCAACUUGUUCUGUCCUUUAUCUCACAAUCUGAGCUCCACGCAGCAGCGGACACAGGGCUUUGAGGAGUUCUGGGAAAGUGGGACACCAAAGUUUGGAGAACCGCAUGCAAAAGGAUGGGCUAAAUGGACCGAUGACGACAGUGAUAAUGCUGUGGCUGGUGCUGAACUUCCAUCUGUCAGCACAGAUGAGCUUGAGGAUGCUGUUGUUCAGGAAAGUUUCUCCCGAGCAAUGAAAUGGUUGAAAAUGGAAAAGAUCCGUCAGAAUGCUCACUGGUUACCAUGGCGACCAGAUGAGUCAAAGGGUGAUACAGAGGAGGAUUGUGAGGAUCCUGACCGACUUGUCUUGUACGACGACAUCAGCCCAGUUUUGUUCAGAAUAACCAAGUCUCAGUCGUGUUUUAGGAUUGUCUGCUUGUUCUUGAAUUUUCUAGGCUUGACGAGCCAGCGGAUAGAUAAAAGACUAGAUGAGUGUUGUGAGGAUUGUGACAGCCAGCAGUUUACACAGUACUCAUUGACCUCUCUGCAGCAGACUCCGUAUGUUUCCCUAUUCUUCUCAAAUAGCGUAAUGGAUUCCAAAUGGAAGCCUAAGGAAUACUUGUUGUCUUUCUUACAGGAAAUUUUGCAGCAAGCUGAGUGUUAUUUUGUUGGCUCUAACCGAACUCUGUUCACGUUGUUGAGACUUGACCUUGAGGUUGUGAAAUGUGGAGCUACAAAGGUGUCCGAGCUUCAGAAGUCUGACAGGAAAGAACUGAAAAAGUUUGGUAAGAAUCUGUUGAAGGAAAUGCAGAACCGAAAUAAUCUUGUGGUGUGGGAGGCCUACAUCCGAGUUCUGUGGGCGAGCUCUGACAAGAUGAGUGAGACAGUCUCCAUGAUCGAUGUUGCUUUGGGAAUGUUUCUCGGAUCAACAACUAUGUCUGACCCAGAGAAAGAGCUUGGGUUGUGUCACCUGUGCAAAACCUACUCUCAGAUAUUGCUCAAUUUUGAACCUUUGGAACACAUAGGGGUCAGAGGUCGACAUAGUGAACCCAGUGCAGAGGAUAAAAAACAAGUAAUGGCUUGUCUUGGGGCUCUUAUGGAGAGCAAAUCAUUCAAGUCUGUUUCAGCCUAUGAUGUCAGUCCAGCGUUUAUUCUGCGAAUCAGAAAACGCUUUGAGAAGAAGAUAGAAGAGUUGAGAGACAGUUUCAUAGCCCAGCCAUGUCCAACAAGCGCUGAUGUUUCUGCUGCUUUUGUAGACUGCUUUGCUCUCUUCGAAUUCUGUGCGUCUGAUUUGAAAACUGCCAACCUUGUGUAUUCUUCUGUCAGAGAAAAUAUAAAAUCUCAUCAGAAAAAGGACAUGCUCCAUCAACCCUUUUCUUUCCUCAUAAGGGACCUUUACCUGUCACAGAUUUCCAUGCUGACUAACAUCAUGAAUAUAUCAAGCACCCCGCUGACCGUAAUGAAGAACUUGGUUGACUCUGCUCUCCAGGAAUUUCCAGAUUGUCCAUUAUUGCUAGUUACCCUCAUCAACCUUGAGUCACGAUCUCACAUUUUUGGCAGACUGAGGAAAUUCUUUGACAGGACUUUGAAAAAUUCAUCUUCUGCCCUGACGUCACUUUGUGCUGUUGCUUCAGAGAUGUUGAGACAUAAAACAGUCACAGAGUCCAUGGGAGAAAUGAACGUCCUCCAGACAGGAAUUUCAGAUGGUGGCACUGUGCACAGACUGAGAUCUAUCUUUGAGCAAGUUCUUCAGAAGCCAUCAAGCAGACAUUGUCCUCUCUUGUGGAAACUUUAUCUGACAUUUGAGGCAAAACAUGGCAGGUCAAACAAGGCAAAAGGAAUUCUGUACAGGGCUUUACAGAGCUGCCCAUGGUCGAAGGCUCUGUACAUGGAUGGCAUUGCUGUCUUUGAGGAUGUAGAACUUCAGGAAAUGACAGAUCUCAUGACGGAGAAAGAGAUUCGGGUCCGCAUUCCACUGGAAGAAGUGGAUCUGCUUCUCACAGCUGAAAAAGAGGAAAAAGUUGAAGAAGCAGAGGAGUUGACAAGAGAGGCAGUUGAGGAUAUAAAAGAGGAGGCAGUUGAUGAGAGAAAGACAGGAGAAGAGAUGGUAGAAAUGAAAGAGGAGUUGACAGAUGAAUUGACAGAAGAGAUGAAGGAAGAAACCCCUGAAGGGACAAAAAUGAAGGUGAUUGACAGGCUGAUACGAGAGGCAAGAGAAGAGGUGGGACGAGAGGUGAAAGAGGAGCCAGCAUAAAAGUUUGCGGGAAGAUUUAGAAUAAGAGACAUAGAUGAUAACAGGACACCCAGAGGAAAAGACAAUAGAAAAGAUUCCAGACCAAUUUGUGUAGAAACAAACAGGGUACGGUAAUAGCUAAACUGA